CCAGCAUCUAUCCAUCUUGUCUCACAAAAUUGACUUGACCUCAAGCAAAAUUCAAAUUGAAAACAAAUUCAUCAACACUAUCACCAUGAAGUUUGCUGCUGCCAUUGCCCUUUUCGCCACAUCUGCCAGUGCCUUCAGCCCUUUUGGUGCUGCUUCCAAGAAGGCUGCCACUGUGGCGGCACCUGCUUUCACUGUUGAAACUAUUCCCGGAGCUCUUGAGCCUGUUGGUAUCUGGGACCCUCUUGGCUUUGCUGCCAAGGCUGAUGAGAAGACUUUGAAGCGAUACCGUGAAGCUGAGCUUACCCAUGGACGUGUUGCAAUGCUUGCUGCCAUUGGUUUCUUGGCUGGAGAAGCCGUUGAAGGAUCCUCCUUCUUGUGGGAUGCCAGUGUUACUGGUCCUGCUAUUUCUCACCUUGCUCAGGUCCCACCACUCUUCUGGGCUUUGUUGGUUACUGGAAUUGGAGCUGCUGAACAAAAAAGGGCUGAAAUUGGAUGGGUUGAUCCUGCUGAUGUUCCUGUUGACCAACCAGGCCUUCUUCGUGCUGAUUACACCCCUGGUGACAUUGGAUUUGAUCCCCUUGGUUUGAAGCCUGAGGAUCCCGAAGAGCUUUUGGUUCUCCAAAACAAGGAGCUCCAGAACGGCCGCUUGGCCAUGCUCGCUGCUGCGGGAUUCAUGGCUCAGGAGUUGGUUGAUGGAAAGGGAAUCAUUGAGCACUUCAUGAACUAAAUUGACACCGCCAGCAAUACACAUCUGUAAGUCGAUGAUUACCAAAGUCAAGGUGGCCAUGAUGACUCCACAGGAAGUGCAACUUCGAGUGGCAACAUCAUGACGGAGCAAAUAUUUCGCGCGGCUAGCCACACUUGGGUUGACCUUGUAAAUAAUUCAACCAAUAACUGUACAUAAAAGAAGUUAAAGGAU